AUGUUACGUCUUACUCUUCUUAUCGUUAGCUUGGAUUUUAUUUUGGUGAAAGUAAUUGUCCUUAAUGCAAUGGAAGAAGCAAAUAAACGAGAUUGUAAUCAAAUGUCCAAUCUGGAAGAUACCGUUCGGAAUCUUCGAGAAGAAAACGCCAAGCUUCUGCAAUUACUUCGUUCUCAAGGACUUCUACUCGAUUCUCCAUUGAAUGGUAAAUCUUCCGAACCGGCUUCUGCUUCAGUACCGGAAACAACUAACAUUACCUUCGAUCAUUCCGAUUUAACGUUAACGACGAAUUCGGUGUCAACAACCAAUCAAAUCAACCAACAACAUAUCCACAAUCAUGGACCGAUGAAUCAACAGAAUCACAAUGAACAAACCAUUCAUGGGAGUCAGUCCAACAUUACUCCAAACUUCAACACGGUCAUUCAAACCAACAGCCAACCGUUUGUGCAGAAUAAUUCCAAUACACUUGUACAAAAUAAUACGAAUUUAAUUCAACCGAUCAACCUAGUUAAUUUCAAUAAUGUUAGUCUAGAUUCGAUUCAAUCGUUUUUUGCUUCACAGAACAAUGUUAUGUACUUAUCUCAAACAUCUACGUCAGCGUCCACGAUGCCGACAAAUACAACAACGAUGACAUCGAUAUCGUCAAUUCUAACAAACUGUCCUCCAAAUGAAUCAUCGAUAUCCAUUCGAUCGAGACCGUUUGUUAAUCGUCUGAAUCAAGAACUAGUACCCGUCAUUCCUAAAAUCAAAGCGGAAUAUUACGAAAAGCUCAUCAGACAAUAUGCAAACUCGUCCAAUAGUGAACCGAAGAAAAGAAUCCAACGAUCAAUUCGUUCCAGACCAUCUUCACGAAUCUGUAUAUCUUCGACUGUGAAUAAAAGCAAAUCUUCAUCCGACACCCUCCGCUCCUCAUCUACACGUGUCGAUCAUUCUCCACCUAUACGGCUAUUCUCUUCACCUGAUGAUCAAUCUCAAUCGUCUUCCAUUGAAAACCAAAACGAUCUUCCUAUCCAUAUUCCUAACCUUCAAUCUCUCGAUCACUCUCCAUCACCCAUCAGAAAAAAAUCGACUAAACCUCGUCAACGUCCCAAUCGCAAAAAAUUCUUAACAUCUCCAAUAAUCUCGAUCACUGCGAAUCCUGCUCGACCAUCGCUGAUCAUCAAACGAUCAAUAACGAAUCGCAAACCCACCAAACGUCAUAUCAAAACACUCGUUCAAUCUCAAAGCGAAAAUCUUACAUCGACGAUUUGCUCGUCGCCAUCGAAUGCAUUUGCUCAAUCCAUCUCUGGCCUACUUGAGAAUCUUGAUCAAGAACUAAUGGCAUCGAAUUUUCUUUCUCAUGCAGUAGUGAAUAACUUACUUUCGGAUGAUACCACGACUCCUGUUCAACGUGUAGUCAGUGAUGCAAUAGAAUCUGCCGAAGAAACUUAUCACACAACAACAGCAUCUAUGCCGACUCUCGAAGAAUUCCAUGACCGAUUAGAAAAUGGAACACAUGAUUUUAAUGUAGAAAACGAACAAAUUACAGCGUUUAUGAGCGAAGAAGAUAUGCGACUUGUUGAGAUGAAUUUCGAUGAAACGACAUUCCUCAAACAAUUCGAUUUAGACGACGCAGGUCUACGAUUAAGCGGCAAUUCCGACCAGAAUAUCUUUGCUUGCAUUUCAACUGACAAUCAAACAAAUUCAUCAACAUCUCAUCCUUCUACUGCUCUCUAUUCAAGUUCAUCUUCAAUCAGCAAUAGUGUGUUCACCACUGUCGUACCGCUCGGUUCCCAACUACCAACGAAUACACGUCUCAAUCAAGAGAAAGAAAGGAAUCCUGAUGUAACAUGUUUAUUGCCCGAAGAAGGAAUUCAAUUGACUGCACGCCAUAUCGAACCGAGUCAAGUGGCUACUUAUGAAUCUGUCAAUUAUCAAGAUAUUCUCGACGAUUUAGUCAUGGUUACCGACCAAGAUGUUUUACGCCACGCUCAAGCAGCGACUACUGAUAAUUCAUCGAUUGUUCCAUCAGAAUUUACCUUUACUCUAUUAGAAACAACCGAUGAUAUUAUUAAUAGUACACAUAUUCAAUUGACCACAGAACAAGCUUCAACAGUAUUGAAUAAAUUACAGUAUUUAUAUCCGAUUGAUCAGCAACGACAACACGAUGCGAUGGAAAAACAAACUGAAAUUCAACCGAUUGUGAUUCCAGAAAGUUUACAAUGUGAUAUCGUUGCACCAACGACAUUGGACAGCUCAAAUCUUUCACCACUAUUGCCAAUGAUAUCUACGCAUUCGUCGGAUCGAUCGAUGGCAUUGACCGAAAUAAUAACAGGUGUUUGCUCUGAUAGGCAAUCGUCAAAUGAUCUUGAUUCGUUACUUCCAUCAUUAGAUAUGCCAAAUGCAUUUGCUAGCCUUCCAGCAAAAGAGAAUUCAAAUACUUCAGUUUUAUCUUCCAAUUCUCCUCGAUCGGAAUCAACUUCGCAAAUAUGUGUCCUGUCUGGCUCUUCUGCGACUUUAUCAAACACUGCUCAGAAUGAAAUGAUCAUUGAUUCAGGUCGCGUAGAACGCUUAACAACGGACACCGGCACACUGUGCAAUAACGCCAGUGUAAUCGAAGAUUUGUUAUGUGAAACGACCUCGACUAGUUCGUUUGAAAUCAUUGAAAAUCAAGGCAAAGCAUUGGUGAAACAGCACGUUGUCAUUGAUAACGUUGAUAGAUUACUUGAACAAGUCGAACCGAAACGAAUCGAUUCACAACUAUUCGAACGAACAUUCUCUCGUUAUCAACAAAAAUAUCAUUCCAGUCUUCUACAUCGGCACACUGUUCAGAUCAAAAGAAGCGAAGAAUCACCACCAUCGACUCCUUCAGUCAAACUAAAACUCGAAGAAGCUCGGAAAUCGAAACCUCUCGAACAAACGUCGAUUAGAUUGACCGUACAUGCCAACGUCUCACAAAACGUUUCUUCGGAAGAACGAAUUCAUAAUAGACAAAUUCAAAAACAUAAGAGAAAAAGCCGUCAUCGAAAAAAGAAAAUCAUUCCGAAUCCACCACAAGAAACUGAAAUUGCUAGUCUGACACGGUUUGAGCAAUCGUCUGCUGAAUUCUAUCAACAGCCAUCACCUCCAAUUUCGGAUGAAGCUCAACUUAAAAAUGAAACUCAACCAUUAUCUCCAUUACUACCGCCUAUGACUAUAACAACAACUCUUCAUUCGGGAUUUAUCAUCGAAGAACAAACUCCGCCGUCAAGUAUAACAUCGUUCGAACAUAAGCAAAGUCCACCACCAUUGCUAUACAAUAAUUCAGAUACCAGCGAUAGACUGACUACGAAUGACUCUCAUUUACAUGAUUAUCAUGACAAUCAUGAACAUCAUCAAACUAACAAUGCAUUUAUAACUCCACCGCCCGAAAUGGAUCUUCAUUCGCAUAGAACGAGUUCUUAUGAAAGCAUUCAUCGGUCCUCUAAUAGUCCGAAUGAAAGUAACCAUCGUCAUCGUCACUAUCGUCAACGUCAUCAUCGAGAAUCUAGUACAAGCAGUAAAUCACUAACGAGUACAGAUUUCGCACUUGACACCUACGCACUAGAACCUGUUUCUCCGACACCCAUCGAAACGCAAAAACAAAAGCAAUCAUGCUCAGCAACAGCGACAACAAAUUACAAUGUGAUUUUAUCGCCCCGUGUUGAUGAUCAUCAUCAUCAACAACAAAAACGAUCACAGGAUUAUCAUUCAAAAAAAUCUUCAUCAACUCGAUCGCCGAGACCGAUCUCAUCUUCGUCGCAAAUGCAUCAGCAAGCACGUUCCUUAUCAAACCAUAAUUAUCGAGUACCUCAAGAACAGUCAUUAUUACCUCAUACUUUACCUCCCUCGUAUCCAUCCAUACAUUUCAAUUCAUACGUUCAAUCCUUUCACCAUUAUGCGCCACGACCAUUUUUCAACUUUUCUCAUCCACGCUCCUAUCUCGAUCCGCAUUCAACUUCACAUUCUUCCGAGCACCAUCGUCGUUCAUAUUCAAGACACUCAUCACAAUAUUCUCAUGCGAAACGGCGGCAGUAUUACAACAAAUCUAAUCAUUCGUCUUCUCGUGAUCACCGUGCCUUCAAUAGAUAG